AUGGCUGCGACCACGAAUCCCCUGCACGGGACACAAAACUCGUCCGACCUCCCCGUCUCCUCCAAGACCAUCACAAUUGCUGGCAUCCUCGUCGACGUCCACGGCCUAGACGAACUACCCGCAUCCCCGUCAUCAGUCGCAUGCCUAUGGCUCCUCAAUCCGCGCUUACAGACCAAAGAGACCAUGGCUCCGAUAGCCAGGCGCGUCAUCUCAACCUGGAACAAGCGCGUACAAGACGGUCGCGCCGGCAUGCGUCCUAAAGGUCUGAUCGCCGCUGCCUUUGACCAGCGCAAUCACGGAUCACGCAAAGUCGACGAUCUGCACAAUCAGGCUUGGAGAGAAGGAAAUGAGACGCAUGCACAGGAUAUGUUUGGCUGUUUCCACGGCACAGCAACCGACACCUCGCAACUCAUCAACCAUCUCGAAUCCUACAUCUUCACGGCCAAGGACAGUCCCAAGAUCCAACAACACUUCGCUCUUGGUAUCUCGCUAGGUGGGCACGCGACCUGGCAUUGCUUGCUUGGGGAUCCGCGAAUCACUGCUGGAGUCGUUGGCAUUGGUUGUCCAGACUAUACGCGUUUGCUAACCGAUCGCGCGCGUCUGUCCAAGCGAAAGACAUACAAGGACACUACACCGCCUGGCAGUGCGUUCCUUGGCUCUCCAGACUUCCCACAGGCGCUACAGGAUGCCAUCGCCCAGUACGAUCCUGCAGGUUUACUGUUGCCGGGCAUGUUCAAUCCUCUAGGAGAUGACACGCCGCCUGACCAAGCGCAGCUAACCAGGAUGAAAGCGCUAAUCAAGGAGAAACUCCAGGGCAAGCGGAUUCUAAACCUCAGUGGUCAGGCGGAUAAGCUCGUUCCGUAUUCGGCUGGUGAGCCUUUCUACAAGAUCUUCAAACAGGUAUUAGCCGAAGAUUCGAGUCUCGACAUUGUCUUUGAAGAUGUGCUGUUCGAGGGCGUAGAACACGCGUUUCCACAGCCCAUGGCUGAUAAAGCAGCCGAAUGGUUAUGUGAUAUCCUGGCUACAGAUGAUGGACCUGUGUCCAGUAAGAUAUACUCGACUUUUAUGUUUCUCCUUCUCUGCUACCAGAGGCCUCAUCAUCUUGCAUUAUCUUUCAUCUCCAUCUUAGUCUCCACUCGACCCGCCAUGACGAAUACUCCAGCGCCAAAACACAGAAUCCCACGCUACCAUGCCUUCUCAACCCCCGAAGAACAAGAAGCAUUUAUUGAUAUGGCAGACUCUCUCGACACUUCAGACAGCGCCGCUCCACCAUCUCCUACCUUGACUGAAAUAUCACUCUUACAUCAGGAAAUGAAUCCUAAACCCUGGCGCGACAUUGAACCAAACGAAUGUCCACAUGAACCCAACAGCUUGCCUGGACCCAAGCAUGACUCCAGCGGCCGACUGACUACCAUGUUAACACUGUACGACCUGGCCAUGUCAUGCGAGGAGAUCGAGGAAGCUGACUGGGACGAAUACAUCACACCUUACGAACCAGAUGAUCUAGAGAUGCUGGAGCGAAGUUUUCCGAGGGAGUGCUGGCCUCCUGAGAUAGAAGCAUCGUGGCCGAAUCUCAUUGUUCUUGCGAGGUGGAAAACGUUGUCACAGGGCUCUAAAAUCAUUGUAGAGCAUAGCUGA